CCCCCCUCCUUCUUUCCCCCCGUUUAUUUGUUAAACGUCAUGUCUGAAGGAACUACAUCAUUACUAACAAAUAACAAUAAUAAUAUUUACAACGAUAAUAACAAUUUAAAGUUAAACUUAUUUCAAGCACAAACCUCACAGUUUCGAAUAAAUCCUACAUUAGCUAAACGAUGUCAUGAAAGUUCACCGGAUGCCAUUCCUGUCAUUUUACGAGGGUCUAAAAAAGCAAGGACAAUAGUAGGUAGAGGACAUGACGUGACAGUUAAAAUAGGCAAGACAAAUAAAAGAGUAUCAAGACAACAUAUAAUGAUAGAGCAUAAACCAAAGUUCAAUGGAUUUGAGUUAACGAUUUUAUCACCCAAUGGAGCACUUGUAGAUCAUAUUGUAUUUGGAGAAGGGGAACAUGUACCACUUGUAGAAGGAACGAUGAUUGAAAUUGUAGGUACCAAACUUAUAUUUAAAAUACCCAAAGAAGAAGAAGAGAAGGAGGAGGAGGAGGAGAAAGAGAUGAUACCCAUAAAGAUAGAAGAACAGAAAAAGAAUGAGACGAUAAUAAGUCCAGAAACAAGACAAAUUGAAAUAAAACCAUUAUGCUUGGAAGAAGAAAUUAUUCAAAUACUUGUCUAUUCAAGGAAAUCAUCCAUGACUUGUACGGAUAUAGUAAAAAAAUUGAAUGUAGAAACAAGGACAAAUGAUAAUAAAAUCAUGACUAUCUUAAAUCAUUCAACAGCUAUUGGAUGUAUAAAAAGACAAGGGAAGACAGCAGAUGGUUCACCAAAAGAGGAUUUAUAUUUCUACAAACCAGAAUUAGAUCCUAAUGAAGAAAGACGAAUCAAGUAUUCAAAUGUAGGUAGAAGUGUUAGAAAAUGUGCUAUGAAGGAUACUCAAUACUUCUUUAAGAUUCCACCAAAAUUACCUAAUCAUCAUCAUAACACUAAUAAAUCAAAAGUGAAAAAGAAAGAAGUACAUUCUAAUCAUGUAAAAGAAGAAGAUGAAGAGUUAAAAUCAGAUAAUAGCAGUGAUAUGGAGAUAUAUGAAUUAUUUAAAGAUGUAGAAUAAUACUAAUAAAAAUUGUAACUUAAUUUGAUUAUGUAAUCAAUAGUGGACCAAAAAAUUAUGCAUUUUUUAUGCUGUUACACAAUAAUUAAGGGGGAGAGGAGGAGAGGGAAAAAAAAUAACGGGAGAUUAUAUUACGACAGAUUCUACCAAUCAAAACUAACCCUCAUAGUGUCGUCAUAAUUCUAUUAGAUUAUCUACUCGAAAUAGAAGUAAUAGUUACAAGAAAAUCUUUUUUUCGAUAAAUAUAAAUAUAAAUAAAUUUUUUAAAAGAAAAAAAAAUAU